AUGGAUAGUGAGGGUAGACUGGUGUUUUGGAAGAGCGGUGUCUGGGAGGGGGGAGCGCCCACUCUUAGCUGCAACACCUGUAAGAAACGACGCGCCGACAGAAUGAGUGCUAACGAUACGGAACGUCCCCAAGGUGAGCUGAAGAAGCUCUCCGAGGAGAGUUUGACGCGGCAACCGGAGGAGGUUUUUGACAUUAUAUGCAAACUCGGAGAGGGCUCAUAUGGCAGUGUUUAUAAGGCGUUACACAAAGAAAGCGGGCAGGUGCUCGCGAUCAAGCAGGUCCCAGUCGACACAGACCUGCAGGAGAUCAUCAAAGAGAUCUCUAUCAUGCAGCAGUGUGACAGCCCCUACGUGGUCAAGUACUACGGCAGUUACUUCAAGAACACAGACCUAUGGGUGAGGCAUUCAGAGGUCACAAUAUGUUUAAUCGUAAUGGAGUACUGUGGCGCCGGCUCUGUUUCCGACAUCAUGAGGCUGCGUAAAAAGACGUUAUCAGAAGACGAGAUAGCCACCAUCCUGUGUGACACCCUCAAGGGUCUGGAGUACCUGCACAGAAGACGGAAGAUCCACAGAGAUAUUAAGGCUGGGAACAUCCUGCUGAAUACAGAAGGUCAUGCUAAACUAGCAGAUUUUGGCGUCGCUGGUCAGUUGACGGACACAAUGGCUAAACGCAACACAGUAAUAGGCACUCCAUUCUGGAUGGCUCCCGAAGUGAUCCAGGAGAUUGGCUACGACUGUGUGGCGGAUAUCUGGUCGCUGGGUAUCACGGCGCUGGAGAUGGCAGAGGGGAAGCCACCGUAUGGUGACAUACACCCCAUGAGAGCUAUCUUCAUGAUACCUACUAAACCACCUCCGUCGUUUAGAGAGCCAGAUCAAUGGUCUCCAGAGUUCAUAGACUUCGUAAGUCAGUGUUUAGUGAAGAACCCCGAGGAGCGAGCAACUGCCGAGUACCUGUUAACACACGAGUUUAUAGGUAACGCCAAACAUCCGAGUAUCCUGAGCACAAUGAUAGCCGAAGCUCGCGAGAUCAGAGAGAGCCAAGUGUUCCGGAAUGCACAGCAUCACACUAAUAAUGCUAAGACUUUUGCUGCGGGCGAGGGUUACGAGGAAGCGACGAUGAAGCAGCGCGGCGAUGGUACGCUAGUCCCCGCUAGAGACGCCACCACGGACCUGGCGGCAGACCUCGGCACCAUGGUCAUCAACGAGCCUGACGCAGACCUUGCUACUAUGAAACGUCACGACACAGAUCCAAUGGACACGAAUCGUCCGAAGUACCGGCCGUUAUUCCUCGAGCACUUCGAGAAGAAAGAGGUCAACCACCUCAAUAUGGCCGCCACCACUAACGGGACACUCACUCCUGCGCACCGAAUAGUGCCUGAUGAAGACAGUGUAACAGCAGAAACCGAAUCAGAAGCGAACCCCGCGCUAGCAUUCCAGCGCGCGUUCGUGGAGGAGGGGAACUUCGAAUUCCUCGGCUACCUAUCAGUAACGGAGUUGGAAGAUCGCGUGGCGCGAUUGGACGCGGAGAUGGAGGCCGACAUCGAACGUCUGCGCGCGCGCUACCAUCGCAAGCGACAGCCCAUACUCGACGCUAUACAUCUCAAGCGUAAGCGACAACAGAACUUUUAA